GUAUUCAGUGUUCAGUUCUCAGCUUCAGUUCGUUUCGGUUUCAGUUCGCAGUCAGUUUGUCAACGGGUCGCAUGCGUGUUCGGAAAAUCGCGCAAGCCGAAAAUUACUUUGGAAUACAAUAGGCCAAAGGAAAUACAAAGUUCAACCAUUUUUGAAGUGCAGUGCUUGUGCAGUGAUAUAUCUAACAUUUCCCUCUAAGGAAAAUACAAAAAAUAGAAGAGGAAUCAUGACAUCCUACGGUUCAACAGGCUGCUUUUUGCUCGGCCUCCUAUCCCUGCUGAUGUUUUUCAAUACAGCCUCGGCGGUGCUUCGAUGCUGGCGCUGUUCCACGGACGUCUCGAAUGGCGAGUUCUGCAACGAUCCCUUCAUGCCGGAGUCGAUUUCGGAGCAGCAGCGCUACUGGAGCUACGUGAACUGCACCUAUUCCGUGGGCGCCAAGUCGGUGAAUGCCCGACCCGUCUGCAAAAAACUGGUGCAGGAAGUGUACGGCAAGCGGGUGAUUUCGCGUUCCUGCUUCUACGAGGACAUGGACGAUUCGGCGGACAAGUGCGCCAACGACCAGACCUCGUCCUACAUAAAGACCGUCUACUGCCGCACCUGCACCACCGACGGCUGCAACGGAGCCAGUGGCUCCACCCCGCUGCUCCUGCUCCUCGUGCUGCCCCUCCUGCUGGCCUCCUUCAGGCACUUGCCCCUAUGCAAAUGAGCCAACGGAUCCGGCCCAAACCGGACUUAAUUAAGGGACUGCAAGCUGGCCGGGAGUUUCGGUGCUUAGCCCGGACUUAACUGAAUUUCUUCAACGAGUUUUUAGUCACUUUGUCACCCCCACGAAUCUGCACAAAUCACACACAGGAGAACGGGAUGCCGUCGGCUGGAGAAAGUCUUUCUCAUCAGGGGUCACCCAUUCGACAUCGUCCUUGUAAAUGUUACUCGGUCACUCGGUCACCGUCACCUCACCCACGAAAAUCAAACAGUUACUCGUAGUCACUACUCUACACCCUUCAUUAAACACUCGAUCACACACUUAACUUUGUUGUAAUUUGUACAUCUUUGUAAUAUUUUUAUUAUUGUACUUUUAAUUGAAAGGGCGGAGCCUUCGAUUGCUGCCCUACGUAAAUAAAUAAAUCAUAUUUAGAUGGUA